AACCAGGGGGAGGUUGAGAGAUCAGUCAUUUCCUCGUGGGGUGGCCGCGACCCUCCGGCUUCGCGCUGCGGGCUGUCGGUUUGGGUCGGAGCGACGACUCUCCCGAGAAGUCUUGUAACAACAAGAAAUAACUGCUUUGCACUUUAUUGCACCAGCUUCAACCCAAAGAUCUUCGAAACCUUUCCCAAACCUCGGUUGAGCUAUUCCCUCCAUCACCACCACCCCCCGGCCCGCCUCCUGCCCUUCCAGUUUUCAGUCACAGAACAAGAUUUUGCCUUUCCUUCUGUCAGUGUUUUUCAAGUUCUGGUUCGCGAACUGUGGGAACAUUUUGAACUCCUUACAAGGGAUCAGUGAAGGCAACUGGGAAAAGCCAGCCAGAAAAUCAGGUUUUUCAGUGAAGUCUGUGGAACUGUUCUUCCUUGACUCCUGCUGUGUGAGAUCAGCUAUGGAACACGCUCAAGAACAUGAAGCAUGUCCUGAACAAACUCAGAGGUAUUGUGUAGAGAGACCAAUAUAUAACCAAGAGCUCUUGCAAGGACAGCUGCACAGGCGACAAAGAACACCUCAGACUUUAAAGCAGAAGAUUGCACAUUCUUGUCGUUGUACUUCUAAGAAAGCCAAGUCUCAUCUUUACAGUUUCUUACCGAUUUUAAAAUGGCUUCCUCGUUACCCAGUGAAGAAAUACUUAUUAGGAGACAUUAUCUCAGGUGUAAGCACUGGAGUUAUGCAGCUUCCUCAAGGUUUAGCCUAUGCUUUGCUGGCAGCUGUUCCCCCAGUAUUUGGCCUAUAUUCUUCAUUUUAUCCUGUUUUUCUAUAUACCUUUUUUGGAACGUCCAAGCACAUAUCAAUAGGCACCUUUGCUGUGGUUAGUAUGAUGGUUGGUGGUGUUGCUGUGAGAGAAGUGCCCGAUGAAAUGAUUUCUCUGGACUAUAAUUCUACUAAUGUUACAGAUGCUAGGGAUACCAAAAGGGUGCAGGUAGCCGUGACUGUCGCCUUUCUUUCAGGAAUUAUCCAGUUGUGUUUAGGUUUCCUUCGAUUUGGAUUUGUGGCCAUCUAUCUAACGGAGCCUCUGGUGCGAGGAUUUACUACUGCAGCUGCAGUUCAUGUCUUUACUUCUCAAUUAAAAUAUUUCCUUGGCAUCAAGACUAGCAGAUAUAGUGGACCCCUCUCAGUUGUAUAUAGCAUAGCUGCUGUGCUUUCAAAUAUAACAAUGACCAAUAUUGCUGCCUUGAUUGUUGGAUCAUCGUGCAUUGUUCUGUUGCUGAUUGGCAAGGAAAUCAAUGACCGGUUUAAGAAGAAGCUCCCGGUUCCUAUUCCUAUGGAGAUCAUUGUGGUCAUUAUUGGCACAGGAGUUUCAGCUGGAAUGAAUCUGAAUAAGUCAUACAAAGUUGAUGUUGUUGGGAAUAUUCCUCAAGGGUUACGUGCACCAGCAGUUCCCGAGAUUCAGCUCAUCCCAGCAAUAUUUGUGGAUGCAGUAGCAAUAGCAAUAGUUGGAUUUUCAAUGGCUGUAUCAAUGGCCAAGAUCUUUGCCCUUAAACAUGGUUACACCAUCGAUGGGAAUCAGGAACUUAUUGCCUUGGGAAUAUGCAAUUCUGUGGGGUCGUUUUUCCAAACCUUUUCAGUCACCUGCUCAAUGUCUCGGAGUCUUGUUCAGGAAAGCACUGGUGGAAGAACUCAGAUUGCAGGUGCUCUCUCUUCAAUUAUGGUUCUGUUGGUACUUGUGGCUGUUGGAUACCUCUUUGAACCUCUUCCACAGACAGUGCUGGCAGCAAUUGUCAUGGUGAACCUGAAAGGAAUGUUUAAACAGUUUGGAGAUGUCACACACUUCUGGAGAACCAGUAAGAUUGAACUGGCCAUCUGGGUGGUAGCUUUUGUGGCUUCUCUUUUCCUGGGACUAGACUAUGGUUUGCUUACUGCAGUAACGUUUGCAAUGAUAACCGUUAUUUACAGAACACAAAGUCCUCAAUACAGAAUCCUUGGACAGAUUCCUGACACUGACAUCUACUGUGAUGUGGAAGAGUACGAAGAGGUUAAAGAAUAUCCUGGAAUAAAAAUAUUUCAAGCUAAUACAUCACUUUAUUUUGCUAAUAGUGAGUCAUAUGCAAGUGCGCUGAAGAAAAAGACUGGAGUGGACCCUUGUGCCAUAUUAGCAGCGAGGAGAAAAGCCCAGAAGCGACAUGCCAGGGAAAUAAAGGCAGCAAAUAAGCACCGAAAGAAAGCUGUGUUGAAACUAACUAAUGACGUAGAAGCAAAUGUAAAACAUGAGAUAGCAAAUGAUGACUUACCCGUGAAUGGAAAAUUUGCAGAUUCUGGUGUAAAAGACGUGUCUCCUGAUGAGCAUGAACAUUUUGUGGAGACCAAAACCAACAUUCACUCUUUAAUUCUGGAUUUCACCCCGGUGAACUUUGUGGAUUCAGUUGGAGCAAAAACACUAAAAUCAAUUAUAAAAGAAUACAAAGAAGUUGGUGUCUGUGUCUGCAUUGCCUGCUGUAGUGGCCCUGUUAUGAACGAGCUGACAAGACUGAACUUUUUCGAUAAGGCUGUAACAAGAGAGUUGCUGUUUCACAGUAUUCAUGAUGCUGUCCUUGCUUGCCAAGUGAAAGAUGGGUCUGCUUUCACAGACUGACUUUGACCUCUGAAGAGUGGCAUCGAGCAGAAUGGAAGACAGAUUUAUGCUGAUGGAAACUCUUUCUGAAUAUUUAAUUUGCACAGUUUGAAGAGAGCCUAAGGCUGUUUGUAUCUACGGGUAUAGGGUGGAACUUAUUUUUUGUAGGAAGAGUGGAUAAGGAAUUGGAAGCCUUCAUGCUCUUGAAUGUUUUCCUUUAAUCAGGGUAUAGCCUUCCAACAAUACACAAGCACAAAAUUAUGCAAGAAAAGAAAAUUCAGUGUGUUCAGCUGCAGUCAAAAUCUAGUAGACAAAGUGACAUUACUGUUCCUGUUGAGAAAAUGGGCACUUUAACUCACUGCAAGUGGGAUCUUGCAGGAAGUAACUGUCUGCAAGUGCAAUACACUGUACCAGUGUCUUUGAAGAACUUUUUUAGAUGGCUUUUAAAACCUGAUGUCAACAUCUGCAUACAACAGAUUCAUACAAUUUAUAAUAAUCUGCCAGCUGGAUUAAUGAAUUCACACUGGUGGCAUUUAACUGCUGCUGUUUUUAACCCUGGAUGGUACAGUUGUUUGGUUUUUUUUAAAGAUCUAACCUGUCUCAACUAUACUCAGCUCUUCAUUUUUGCUAUGAGUGAACAUGGACUCAGAAACUCAUUGUUUAAUUAUUACAUUAUCAAUAUGGUACUUUUACUGCCAAAACCUAGUUAGACUUUCUAGAAGAGAAUACAAUUGAUUUUAAGCUAAAAUUAAUUUAGCUUCAAAAUUUGAAGACAAAACGGGUUUGAGGCAGGAGUGAAGUCUAUUUAAAUUAAGAACGGGUGCCCUAGAUGCAACCUCUUAAGCUGGAAUGAAAAUGUAGACGUGGUCUAAAGUCUCAGUGGUCCAAAAAAAAAAAAAGUACUUUUCUUUUGCCCAUCUUCCAGUAGAGCUGCUUCUGCCUCAGCUUUUAAGUGCUUUGAGAAAUAGAGUUCAGUAGAACUCAAAAAUGUUACAUGUUUGGGUUUUUUAGAAGAAACAGUAGUGUGGGAGUUUUUUUCUGUCAGCCUGGCUGCUGUGGUACUGCCUCACUUCAGGUGUGAGAUGAAAACCAUGAAAAUGGAAAACAUACAAAAGAAAGAAAUCUUCAAUGUGUUUCCCUCCCAACAGCCACUGUGAAGCUCAGCAGAGGUAGGAAUCUGUUUCUCUGCAGCUUAUUUCGACAGCUCAGGGGAAGUGGGACACCAGUGACAUUUCAUUUGGCACCCUCAAAUCACAGGCCCUGUACUUAAGGGAAUUCAGACACCUUCCUCACUUCUGAUCACAGAAUGUAACACUUUCAUUUUGCUUCAGGCUCCGUUGUGAUUAGGGCUUGCUUCAGGUAAACCAAGUUUCCCAAGAAUCAGGGAAGUCAGGGAAGAUUUUUUAUUUCCUCAGACUCCCCUGCCAAUUGGGAUAGGAAGCUUUCUGCAUCAGAAAUUGCUGCUUAGCUGGAGUUCAGAGGAUGAAGUGCAUGCAUGUUAACACAUUGUGUGUGCUUAUUUAAACAACUUUUGGUACAUUUUAUAAUGUUAACCAGUUCAACAAGCCUUUGUAUCUACAUACAGUAUAUUUUUCUACUUUCAGCUUGUCGCAGCUUCAGUUUUUAACUCCGUAGUCUCUUCAGUUCACAUUGAAAUCCUAUCAACUUCCAAAAUAAAGUGAUGUCACUUGUAAAAAUUU